AUGAGAAACAAUACAAAGCGCAAUUCCCGCGUUGUUUUGGACGCCUCUGUGACACCUAAUGCGAAUUCGAGCUAUUUACCUGUUCUCGAAGAAAGAACUUUUCAAAAUUCUCACGAAGUUCCAAUUUUGGAUGUAGACGAUCGAGGCUCUCUAUCGCACAAUUUUGAAGACAGUGUUGCUACGGCAGCAGCUACAGAAGGAAGUGAGCUAUAUAAACCUCGAGCUCGCCCGCCAGGACCCUUGCAACGGCUUUUGCGGUCGUGGAUGGUGGCUCGAUGGAAGCUUUCACGGAAUAUUUUCUCAGUCUCAUUACCACUUUUGACGUGGGCUAAUAUCAAGUUAGGUGACUUAUUGGUCACUUUGCCGGUUGUGAUGAUAUCUACUGCGUACUCCGUUUUUCAAGCAAUGUCUCGAAAUGUUGCAAACACUGGCAUACCGGCAUCAGUUGCAUUGGCUCUUGUAUUUGGUUUUGCCGUUCGAAAUAACUCAUUGCUGCUUUUUAGCACGGGAAUCUCAUAUGAGCGAGCUCUAUUCUAUCACAAAUUUGCUGCAUUCGUCACGAUUCUUUUAGCGGCGUUGCAUGGAUAUGCGUUCGUGCUAGGUUUACGCAACAGUGAGCAGAGUCGAGAGAACCCCAAGAUUGUUACUGGCUUGGGAGCUUUAUUUGGCUUGGUAUUGAUGUAUUUGCUGUCACUAAGCUUUUUUCGGCGGGCAUUUUUCAGGUUCUUUGUUAGGGUGCACUGGAUCCUCUUCAUUGCAAUUGUAGUGUGUGCGAUUCUUCAUGGUGCCAGAAUAGUCACCGUUGGAGUAGCUCCCUGGGCAAUUGAUAUGUUGUAUCGGCUGGUUUACCGACCUCGCAUAUACGCCCAUGGCCCAAUAGGCAAAUCAAAGAAAGGCAUUAUAGCUCAAGAUCUUCUCUCUAUUUGUGCUUUACCAGGAAACAUAACCCGAAUUCAAUUUCCACGAGUUUGUCAACAUACCGGCGACAAUUUCGCUUAUGAAGCUGGACAAUAUGCAUUUCUGUGUGUUCCAUCGAUAUCCCAUUUCGAAUGGCAUCCAUUCACAAUUGCGUCUUCACCACACGAAGCGAUGGUCACAUUCUACAUUGAGGCGCUGGGAGAUUGGACGACCAAAUUGUUAUCUGCAGCCCUUAAGCGUGAGGCAAGUGCAAUGAGAAGUGACGGCCGUUCAACGUUUGAUUUGCUUGUCGAUGGUCCAUAUGGUAAACUUUCACUUGACUUGAUGACUCCGACAAUUUAUUCGCAAAUUGUGUUGUUUUCGAAUGGAAUUGGGAUGACACCAAUGCGGUCCAUUGUCAAUUGGCUACAUCAUGAAUGCUACUACAGAAGUCGCGGUGCGAUUCCACACGUGAGGUUCAUUUGGUCUGUGAAAGAUGUGGAGACGAUCUCAAGCUUACUUGCUCGAGAUGAACCGAGACGUGACAGCUGUCUCGAAGUGGACGAGGUGGCGUCUUACUUUCCUCACAUCCUCGCCCACCCGAAAAACACAAAUUCACCGACUGAUGCGUUUGUUAGUGAAGUAUAUCUUUGUCGAGACAUCAUGGACGAGGAAGCCCAAUGUAUACCAGAGCUUGCCAAUUGCUUGCACAAUGGGUCGAGACCAGACACCAUCGCCAUUCUUCGUGAAACGGGAGAAGAAGCCAAGAAUUGUGGUAAGGAUCGAAUUGCAGUGUUGGUAUGCGGACCUUCGACCUUAGUCGAUGAGGUUCAGUAUGCUAGUACAAGACUUUCUCGCGAACUAAAGGUUCACUACGAUGUACAUAGCGAAAUAUCGGAACUGUAG